AUGGAUCCAGUAUUGGAAUUUCUUAACAAACGAGGCUGUGUUGGCCUAUACCUAUACUACUCCGAUGCGACUGGCGUUGGUUCGAGCCCAUUAGCUGUAGCGUGUAUGCUCAACCAUAGUUUAGCCGCCUGGUCACUAAUCGAAAAGGGUGAACACCUCCAAUACCGUGGUGGGUAUCGGCGCACUUUAUUGCAUUUUACGUUUUCGAAUAAAUUAGACAGAUCCAAAGAUUUUAUCAAAUAUUACCGUGUGGAACGUAAGGCCGAGAUCGUGUCUUUACUUUUCAACGCUGGUCUCGAUAUCUCUACACCUGAUGAGGAUGGCAAACAGUAUUUCACCUUGCAGCCUGCACUGCGGGGUGCCGCAAUACACUACGCAUCAGAAAUUGGAGACUACGACUCCGUAAUAUACUUGAUCGAGCAAGGUGCCGAAAUCAACAUUGGCUGUUCUUCCGGCUGGACACCCCUCCAUCAUGCAGCAGAUCGUGGCCAUUAUGACAUAGUUAGAGUCUUGGUGGAGAAGGGCGCUGGUAUCAACAAGGCCGAGAAGUCCGACCGGACAGCCCCUUCUUAUGCGGCCGCCAAAGCCUAUCAUGACGCAAUUAUAUUUUUAUUGGAGAACGGGGUCGAUAUACAGAUUGCCGAUUAUAAUGGGCAUACACCACUUUUUCAAGCGGUACGCAACGACAACAAUGACCUAGUUAGAACUUUAAUAUAG